ACUACAUUCAAAGUUCACGUUUGCUUUAAUAAAACGAGUCAGAUUUGUUUUUGUUUUGGAUAAGUGUCGAAACAUGUUCUUGAUUUUCGCUUUGCUUCUGCUGUCUCAACGUUGCGGCGACUGCACGUGUGAUAACCGUACCAAACCCAAUUUUGUCAUGGUGAUGUCGGAUGCGUUUGAUGGACGGCUGACCUUUGAUCCCGGCAGUAGGGUUGUGCGGCUGCCGUACAUCAACUACCUCAGAGAGCUCGGCACUACCUUCCUCAAUGCCUACACCAACUCACCCAUCUGCUGCCCCUCAAGAGCAGCAAUGUGGAGUGGCCAGUUUGUUCAUUUGACUCAGUCAUGGAACAACUACAAGUGCCUGGAUGCCAAUGCCACAACAUGGAUGGACGUGCUGGAGGAGAGUGGGUAUCAUACACAGCAGAUGGGCAAGCUGGACUAUACUUCUGGAAGUCACUCUGUCAGUAAUCGUGUUGAGGCCUGGACGCGAGAUGUGCCCUUCCUCUUACGUCAAGAAGGCAGGCCUGUGGUGGAGCUUGUUGGCAAUGCAUCAACCGUGCGGAUCAUGACAAAAGACUGGGAAACUACUGACAGGGCCACCCAGUGGAUAUUUAACAGAGCUGCAUCUCCAUCUCAGCCUUUCGCCCUUUAUAUCGGCCUGAACUUGCCUCAUACCUACAGAACUGACUCCCUGGGGCCCACCGCAGGAGGAUCCACUUUCCGUACCUCCCCACACUGGCUGAAAAAGGUAUCUACCGAUCUCAUUUCUAUGCCAAAAUGGCUGUCUGAGUCUGCCAUGCACCCCGUUGACUACUACUCCACCUUCACCAAGAACUGCAGUGGUCACUUCACUGAGGAGGAGGUUAAAAGCAUCCGAGCCUUCUAUUAUGCCAUGUGUGCUGAAGCAGAUGCCAUGCUGGGUCAGGUACUUUCAGCACUGAGAGAGACUGGGCUGCUAAACAACACUGUUGUGAUCUUCACAGCCGACCAUGGAGAACUGGCUAUGGAGCACCGGCAGUUCUACAAGAUGUCCAUGUUUGAGGGCAGUUCUCAUGUUCCCCUGCUCUUCAUGGGCCCUGGGCUGGUUUCUGGUUUGCAGGUCAACCAAGUUGUGUCUCUUGUCGACCUCUACCCUACUAUUCUAGAGACUGCAGGCAUCUCAGUACCUGGUAAUAUCAGUGGCCAAUCCCUCGUUUCCCUGCUGUCCAAGUCUAGUGACAAGCCACAGAAGCUACAUCCAAGUUGGAUUCUAAGUGAAUACCAUGGCUGUAAUGCCAAUGCAUCUACAUACAUGCUAAGAACCGGCCGAUGGAAGUACAUUGCCUAUGCAGAUGGUCAAAGUGUCCCUCCACAGCUUUUUGACCUUACACGGGACAGGGAAGAACUUCAUGACGUGGUGCUCAAAGUUCCAGCUGUCCGAACACAACUGGACAAGCUACUGCGCAACAUCAUAGACUACCCAAGAGUCUCUGAAGCUGUACAUCACUACAACCGUCAGCAGUUUACUGCCUGGCGCCAGAGUCUGGGGAGAAAUUACAGCCAGGUGAUUGCAAACCUCCGGUGGCAUGUGGACUGGCAGAAAGACGUGUCAGCCAAUGAAAGAGCUAUUGAUGAAUGGCUUAAGGAGUCAUGAUAAUUUUACUGAAUUGUUUAUACUGAGGAACAAUAUCUUGUAAUCGGUCUGCUUCCAAGUUACAUCAUAUCAAUUUGUUGAUUAAUCUGCAGGAGCAUUUAGUUUCAUAUAGUAAGGUGAAAAGGGUACGACUAAAAAUGUAAAAUAGAAAAAAGCAAAAGGGGCAUGAAACGUCACAAAAGUAGCAUGACAAAAUUAGGGGCAUGUCAAGUUAAAAAUGAGAGGAAGAUUAAAAAAACCGCAUACAGAUAUGGAUACAAAUGAAAUCACAAUGUUACAGGAUGUUGGAUCAGAACAUCCGUCCAUCCAUUAUCUGAACAGCUUAUCCUGCUCUCAGGGUCGUGGGGAUGCUGGAGCCUAUUUCCAGCAGUCAUCGGGCAUGUUAAAUAAAAUGUGCAGAAGUUAAAUAUUGUACAGAUGUACAGAAUGUAUGUUGGAGCAGUAAUACUAACCAACACUGCAGAUGAUUAUAGUAAAAAAAGGAAAUGGUAAAAGAUGAAAAACCCGAGAUACUGUAUGUAAAUAUGUUUUUCUGAUAUAAUUUUGUUAUUUUAAUGGUGGUACACUUGGAAGAUGUGUGUGUGUGUGUGUGUGUAUGUGUGUUGUGACCCAUGUGAAUGGGUUGAGUGAAGCAGUUAGACCACAUCUAGUUCAAGCAGACCUCGGUGUCUUUCUUUACACCUCCCAAGACUGUAAUUGCACUAGGGCCAAGUCUGUGUUCCGACAUUUAGAGAGACGGGCUAUGGUCAUCGUAAAGUGCACCCGCCCCCCCUUUUUGUACUUGCAUUAUUUUUAGGAACUGACUUUUAAAGUUCAACUCCACAGUUGUUUUGUGCUUGUCUCUGCCUACCACCUUCCUGAGGGUUCGCCUGUUUUUUCCUAAUAAAGGUUUUUCUCUUGUUUUUCCUCAUUCGUGUCUAGGGUCCAAGGAUGGAGGGUAUCAUAUGUUGUAUGUUGUGCUGAUUGUAAAGCCCUUCAGGACUACUUUGUGAGUUUGGCCUACACAAAUUAAAUUGACUUCCGCAGAAAAAUGCCAGAAGGUGGGUUUGGGGUGGGAACUGGUUCGUCAGAAGACCAAUAGGGUGCAGUCACGUGAGUGCUCGUGGCAUAUGCACACACCUCAUGCACAAGCAAGUAUUGGUAAAUAAAACAUUUGCAGGUCUUAUAGAAGAUAGAGAGUGACAUUGAGUCACCGCAGAAUUUUAAUAGAGGGGCCAUUUGAGGUGGAGGAUUUCUCCCCAUCAGGGUCUCAUCAUGCCUAAAAAUGGGUGAGAUUAUGACUGCGCACCUUCAGAAAUAUACCUUUAUACUUUCAGCAGUAACCUGAUGACAUACCUGAACUACAAGUACCUUCUGUGCAUUUCAACUUUUGGAUGGCAUACUGAGUCAGAGUUUGUAAGAGCUGCCAGCACAACACAC